CAGUGAACGCACCAUGUAACUACAGGAAGUAAGAUGAUGCGUUCAUCGAUUGCCCUAUGGAAUCGGCGACGAAACACAAACGCUAGCUAGAGCGACAACAAGCUGAGUAGUAUGCUGGACGUGGGGAAGUGGCCAGUGUUUGCACUCCUUCCUCCUGAGGAACUACGGCUUAUCCGGCAGGCUUGUGUCUUUGGCAGUGCUGCAAAUGAGGCCCUCUAUGUCACAGUUAAUGAUGAGGUCUUUGCUUUGGGCACCAACUGCAGCGGCUGUUUGGGGCUCGGAGAUCUUCAAAGCACUAUUGAGCCACGCCGGAUUGAUGUCUUGUGUGGAAAGAAGAUUGUGUCCCUAAGCUAUGGAACAGGUCCGCAUGUGGCUAUCGCUACUGCAGAUGGAGAGGUGUUUGCUUGGGGCCACAAUGGCUACAGCCAGCUGGGUAAUGGGACCACCAACCAUGGGCUAACCCCUGCCCUUGUUUCCACCAACCUCCUUAGCAAGAGAGUGACGGAGGUGGCCUGUGGGUCUCACCACACUAUUGCCCUCACAACUGAUGGAGAGGUGUAUGCGUGGGGUUACAACAAUUCAGGCCAAGUGGGGUCAGGGUCUACUGCCAACCAGCCGACGCCACGUCGGGUCAGCAGCUGCUUGCAGAACAAAGUGGUGGUUAACAUAGCCUGUGGUCAGCUCUGCUCUAUGGCUGUUCUGGACAAUGGAGAGAUCUAUGGUUGGGGCUACAACUGCAAUGGACAGCUUGGUUUGGGCAACAAUGGAAAUCAGCAGACCCCGUGCAGGAUUGCUGCUCUCCAAGGUGUCAACAUCGUCCAAGUUGCCUGUGGAUAUGCCCAUACGUUGGCACUUACAGAUGAGGGGUUUGUUUACGCCUGGGGAGCCAACUCCUAUGGGCAGUUGGGAACAGGCAAUAAGAGUAACCAAGCUCUCCCAACUCUAAUAAACACAGACAAGGAGAGGAUGGUGGAGGUGGCUGCAUGUCACACCAGCCACACGUCAGCUGCCAAGACUCAGAGUGGACAGGUUCUGAUGUGGGGUCAGUGUCGAGGUCAGGCUGUUGCCAGUCCCCACCUCACCCAUUUCAGCAGCACAGAUGAUGUGUUCGCUUGCUUCGCCACACCAGCUGUCACGUGGCACCUCCUCUCAGUAGAUGGUGAUGACUACCUGACUGUUGCCCAGUCUUUGAAGAAGGAGUUUGACAGCCCAGAGAUUUCAGACCUGAAGUUCCUGGUCGAUGGGAAGUGCAUCCAUGUUCAUAAAGCCCUGCUGAAGAUCAGGUGUGAGCAUUUUCGUGCGCUGCUAAACGAAACGGAUGAUGACACUAUAGAAAUUCACCAGUUCUCAUACCUGGUGUACAGAGCCUUUCUGGAGUACCUCUACACAGACACUAUUAACCUGCCACCAGAGGAUGCUGUCGGGUUGCUGGACUUGGCUACGUUUUACCGAGAGAUGAGACUGAAGAGGUUGUGCCAGGAAACGAUCAAGAGAGGCAUUUCCGAGGAGAACGCCAUCACUCUGCUCUCUGCUGCUGUCAAGUAUGAAGCGCGGGACCUGGAGGAGUUCUGCUUCAAGUUUUGCGUCAACCAUCUAACAGCUGUCACGCAGACCCAGGCCUUUGCAGACAUGGACCACGACCUGCUCAAGAACUUCAUUAGUAAAGCCAGCCGCUACGGGGCCUUCAAAAACUGACUUGAGUUCCCCAGUAGUGACGGAUACCAACAGCAUGAGAUUUAAGCCCUACGAGGUCCUGAGAGUUGACCCUUGACCAAAGUAAACACCUGGCUGAGCAGUGCUUCAAAGCCUUGUUGCUGGGGAAGUUAACACCGAAGAGUCAAACGGUGUCAGGUUUCACCCGCUAACUGAUGCUUUCGUGUUACUCCCCUGAACUUAGCCCAAACACGGUGGUCGCGUGGGGCAUAAAUAUUGGGUUACACCACUCAAUCAGUCACAAGCAGACAGCGCUGAGUCCGAAUAGAAGGAUGUGCCACAGCGGUCGUCUGUGUGUUACUAGCAGUGCGCUUUGCUAAUCUGAUUUUGAUUGUUCAAGCCAGUGAACAAACAGACGGGGUGCCGCGGCUUAACCCACAGUAGCAAUUUCUUUUUUUAAUGACGCUGCACUGUUAGUAAAACAAAUGUUCAGUGCGUAUUGUGUCUGAUCAAUAGGAAGCCAUCAGCGGAAACCAAUCCAGCCAUGAGUUUGCCCUUCACAAUGUGCUGCUUUUCUUUGAAGCCUUGAUUCUCACAUUUUUUUGUUUUUUUGGAUUAAGAGGUGGCAUUUAAAUGAGGGAAAAAACAUGCAAACUGUUCUUCUGUUUUUGAAAAAAAUGCAGCUUAUGUUUAUGUGACACAUUUUGUUUCUGAGAAUUUCGUAUUGGAUCAGUUACAGAGUAUUCGUCCUCUUGCGCAAGUCAGUGUUAAAUUUUGCCACUUUGUUUGUAUAUUGUAGUUACUCACCUUUGCCAUCCAAACUUCUGGCUACUGUUUGAUGGUUAGACUGUGUCACUGUAGACUGUUGCUAUGGUCACCAUCAGGACACCAGCCAGUUACACUUCAUGAGAGAUAAGAGCAUGUUACUUAAUGUUAUGUGGUGUUCAGAUCAAUGCUCGAGCUGAGCAGCCAGGAAGCUGUGUCUGACUUCCACAGGCUUAUCGAUUCCUGUGUAGUCUGUCGGUGAUGUUACUCUGUGAGCGCAGCUGAUUUUACUGUUUUGUUUCAUUGCAAUUUGUUUACAAAAAUUUGCUUGUGUGUGUGUGGUUUUUUUUUAAAUUGUUAAUAUGUUGGCAGCAAACAUCUGGUUCUUUUACAAGUGUUUCUGUAUGCAUCUCCCCUGGUAGCACCUUGCUACUUGUUAAUGAAAUAGUUCUGGCUUAGUGUAAUUUCUAACUGACUGUGCUGAAUAUACCCCAAGUCUCAUAAAGGGCCAAGAGGUCUUAAAAUUUAGUUACGGGAUAAUUCCACAUUAAUUUUCUAAAUUUGUCAGAGUAGAAUGUAACAGAAUUCCUUUACUUUAACAAGCUAAUUAUUGUAUUUUUGGAACAUUUUUAUAAUUGCUGAAAUGUGUUCUCAUUUUGUAUUUGGAAAUGCUAUAAGCUGCUGACAGUGGCGCUGAUGCUAACAUUUGAUAAUCUAAAAUGCAUUAAAGUGAAUAACUGCA